AUGGCCUGUGUCUCACAGCUUCUCACUUCCGUGUCUGUGUCCACAGAUGAGUUUGCGGUCGUGGGCCCCUCGGACCCUGUUGUGGCAGUGCUGGGUGGAAGUGCCAUGCUGCCCUGCUCCCUGUUCCCACCCAUGAGCGCAGUGACUAUGGAACUAAGGUGGUUCCGCACCAAGUUCUCGGAAGUGGUGCUCAGCUUUCGGGACCAACAGGAGCAGAAGGAGGAGCAGCUGGCCCAGUACAUGGGGCGGGCCUCGCUGGUGAGGGACCUCCUUACCAAGGGGGAGGCUGCCGUGCGCAUCCACAACGUCCGGGUUUCCGAUGACGGGCUGUACACCUGCUUCUUCAAAAAGGGAGGUUUCUACGAAGAGGCCAACUUGGAGCUGAAGGUGGCAGGGGUGGGCUCUGCCCCUCAGGUGCACAUCCGAGGGCCCGAGGAGGACGGGGUGCGCGUGGUGUGCACGGCCUCAGGGUGGUUCCCGAAGCCCCAGGUGCAGUGGAGAGACCUCAGGGGAGAGAAGCUCCUGGCCUUCUCUGAGACCCACGCCCAGGACCCCGAGGGGCUGUUCCACGUGGAGACCGCCCUGGUGGUGAGAGACAGCUCUGCGGGGAACGUGACCUGCUCCAUCCUCAACCCGGUCCUGGGCCAGGAGAGGACCACGGCCAUCUUCAUCCCAGAGCCCUUCUUCCCUCAGGCCUCUCCCUGGAAACCAGCUUUUGUCGUGAGCCUGACUGUGCUGGGGCUCCUGCUCUGUGGGGCUGGCUGUUUCCUGAAGAGAGAACAUUCCUCAAAGUUGCAGGAGCAGCAGGAACGGGAGAAGCUGCGGUCUCACCAGCUGUGUUCCCUUUCAGCCUGGAGGAAGGCCCAGCUGUACGGGGACUGGCGGAAGGAGCAGUUCCAGGCCUGUGAGUGACUCGUGUCCUUUCUGGGUCUCCCCCUCCUGCCCUCAU